AUUUUGAAAGAUCUGUUUCUCCAUGGUGUGAAGGACUGAUGGUAAAAGUAAGAGAGCAGAAUGAGGGACCCAGAUUUGGAGGCUCUUUUUCUAACCCACAUGAGAGCACCACUCACAGUUUCCUUUUUGGAGCACUGGCUGAGCUGCUGGACAAUGCAAGAGAUGCAGGGGCUGCAAGACUUGAUGUGUUUUCAGUGGAUAAUGAAAAACUGCAGGGUGGAUUCAUGCUGUGCUUCCUGGAUGAUGGAUGUGGCAUGAGCCCUGAAGAAGCUUCAGACAUCAUAUACUUUGGAACAUCCAAGAAACGGUUGUCUACCAUGAAGUUCAUUGGGCAGUAUGGCAAUGGUCUUAAAAGUGGGUCCAUGAGGAUUGGAAAAGACUUUAUUCUUUUUACAAAGAAGGAAGAAACAAUGACAUGUGUGUUUUUUUCUCAGACAUUUUGUGAAAGAGAAGGCCUUAGUGAGGUUGUAGUUCCAAUGCCUUCAUGGUUAACAAGUUCCAGAAAAUCUAUUGCAGAUGAUCCUCAAAAAUUCUCAGUGGAAUUGUCUAUCAUUUAUAAAUACUCUCCAUUUAAAACUGAAGCUGAAUUGAUGCGGCAGUUUGAUGUGAUUUAUGGAAAAUGUGGUACAUUGCUGGUUAUAUAUAACUUGAAGCUCCUGCUUAGUGGAGAACCAGAGUUGGAUGUUAAAACUGACAAGGAAGAUAUACUGAUGACUGGGGCUCUUGAGGACUUUCCAGAAAGAUGGUCAUUCAGAGCCUAUGCAUCUGUUCUGUAUUUUGACCCUUGGAUGAGAAUAUUCAUUCAAGCCAAAAGAGUUCAAACAAAACACCUAUGUUAUUGUCUCUACAGACCCAGAAAGUAUUUGUAUGUUACAUCUUCCUUUAAAGGAGUAUUUAAAAAUGAAGUUAAAAAGGCAGAAGAAGCAGUAAAGAUUGCCGAACUUGUAUUGAAAGAAGCACAAAUCAAAGUAAACCAGCUUGACAGAACUUCUUUGUCUUCUGCCAAGGAUGAAUUACAGAAAGCUUUGGAGGAUGUAGAAGCAAAGCAAAUGAAUCUUACAAAGAAACGAAGAGAACUAAAAAAAAAAAGAACACUCUCCCUGUUCUUUGGAGUGAACAUAGAAAACCGAAACCAAGCUGGGAUGUUCAUUUACAGUAAUAACCGUUUGAUCAAAAUGCAUGAGAAAGUGGGUCCACAGUUGAAAUUGAAGUCCUUACUUGGUGCAGGUGUGGUUGGAGUUGUUAACAUACCUUUGGAGAUCAUGGAACCAUCUCAUAAUAAACAGGAAUUUCUCAAUGUCCAAGAAUAUAAUAAUCUACUAAAAGUUAUGGGACAAUACUUGGUCCAGUACUGUAAGGACACUGGGAUCAGUAAUCGAAAUCUAAAUUUCUUUUGGAAUGAGUUUGAAUAUCAGAAUAGCACAGAUAUAGAGAGACCGUUAGCUUCUAUUCAGUAUAGAAGAAGACAAGCCAUGGCCAUCCCAUUCAUCAUACAGUGUGAUCUUUGCCGUAAGUGGAGAGUCUUGCCGCCUUCUACCAAUUAUCAGGACAAAGAAUUUCUUGACAUGUGGAUUUGUGCUAAUAAUCCUAACCUCUCGGAGAACAGUUGUCAUCAUGUAGAACAUCUACCUUCCAUCCCACUGGGCACCAUGAGUACAAUGUUACCAUCAAAAAGUGAGAAAGCAAAGAAGCUUAGAGAGUCAGUUCAAAGGUAUCAAAACAAACUGGCAGAGACGCAGCCACAGCCUCAAUUUAUACCAACAAGUAGGAUCUCUGAGUUCAUUUCCACCUGCCCCACUUCAGCACCUAAGGAAAAUGUCAGAAGUCAGAAAAUCAGGCCUUCAGGUGACGACUUGAAGCAUGAGCCUCUUUCAUCCGUUGAGCUUUCAGACAGCUAUAGAAGCCAAAAAAGACUCCCAGAAGAGACAGACUCUGAUGUAGAGUACGUUUCAGAGACUAAAAUUGGGAAAAAGUCAAUGCAGAAGAGAAUGAGACGUGCAGCGGCCCUGUCAGGAGGUGUCAGGCUACCUGAGACGUUCCAGGCCUCUUCAUGGGGAAUGAAAAGGAAGCAGCGACUAAACUUUGUAAAGAAAUGUAAAGUGCUGACGGAAGUUGAAACCAGCAACAACGAUCCAGAUGUAAUUCUGGUUUUAAAUGAAAGUGACACUGAUGUUUCACUGAAGCAAGAAAAAAAGGAACUUCCUCUUAUAAACAAAGAAAAACAAGAGCUGUAUAAUGACGCUCCAGAAAUAAAAGGAAACUCUUCAUUAUCUAACCAGCAAAGCUUGCUCAGUGUGCCAGUGGAAGACUUCAGUCCAACUUCUGGACACAAAGCCAGUGAUGGUUGGAAAACCAUUUCUUUGCUGACAGUGUCUUCUCAAAGCACAUCUAUCAAAGAAACAGUGAGAAAACUGAUGUCUAAUUUAAGAUGGAGACAAGAAAAUGCUAUGUAUAAAGUUCAAGCAACUUGCUCAGCAUUAUAUAAACACAGUCUGGCAGUCCUGACAUUCUGAUCUCACAGUCCUUGCUCUUAACUGCUAAAUCGUAAUGCCUUGCUUCAGUUCAUUGAUGUGUUGUAACAUGUGAUAAAAAAGCAGACUUCACUCAUUUCAAUUCUAUAGAAGCACACACUCGCUUUACGUUCUCUUAAAUCUUAUUUAAUUUUUAAAAUUUAUUUUUAUAGAGAUCAUUUAUUUAUUUAUUUGAAAGGCCAAGUUACAGAGAAAGAGGGAGAGACAGAGAGAGAGCCAGAGGUCUUCCAUCUGCUGGUUAAUUAUCCAAAUAGUCACACGGCCAAGACUUGGCCAGGCUGAAGCCAGGGGCAUCUCAUGCAUGCAGGGGCCCAAGUACAUGGCCGUUUUCUGUUGCUUUCCCAGGCACAUUAGCAGGCAGCUGAAUCAGAAGUGAGGCAGCCAGGAUAUGAACUGCAGCCCAUUUGGGAUGCCAGUAUUGCAGGUGACAGCUUAAUCUGCUAUGUCUCAGUUUUUUAAAGAUUCAUUUAUUAAAAAAAGAUUCAUUUAUUUGUUUGGAAGGGGAGUGAGGAAGGGGCAGAGAGAGAGAGAGAGAGAGAAAGACGAGAGAGAGAGAGAGAGAGAUUGAUUUCCCAUAUGUUUAUUCACAAGGCAAAUGUUUACAAUAGCCUAGGUUGGCCAGGCUGAGGCCAAGAGUCCAGAAUUCUGUCUAGGAUUCUCACUUGGUUCACAGGAACCCAAUAAUUGAGCCAUCAUUUGUUUCCAGAAUGUGCCUUAGCAGGAAAGUGGUUAGGAAGUGGCUGAGGUUUGAAGCUGGGACUUGAACCAGCACUCUGGUGUGGGGUCCAGUUGUCCCAAGCACCAGCUUAAAUAUGCUGUGCCACAACAGCUGCUCCCUCUUAAAUUUUAAAAAUACCAAAAAGAAGUUUCAAAGAAAGCCACUUUAGUUUCCUAGUUUAGGAAAAUAGAGCCAUACUAUUUCUACUUCACCUUAAUUUUCACUAGCUUGAAGAAGAGUUUUAGUCAACCUCAAGUAGAUGCCUUUUUCUCUUAGGUGAGACUAAGCCAAUUAAGUAGGCUAUUGUUUAAAUUGUAUUGAGAACUCAGAUUCAAUUCCCAGCUGUAGCUUCUGACCACAGCUUCCUGCCAAACCCUGGUGAUACCAACCUAAGGUUCUUUGCUUCUCUUGUGAUAGAAGUUAACAAGAGGCCAGUGUGCAACCCAGACAAGGUUUAAUGGGGGCUUAUGCUCAAGUGUAGGAGAGACGGGAUGGUUCUGCUGAUUGGCUUAGGGAGAGGAGCGAGGGGCUGGGCAAGGGUUUUUAAUCUGCUGGGGAAGUGUGGUGGUUCCCAUUUGGCACAGGGCACUUUGAGGUGCACCCAGCUUGCGGUUCUGCACAGGCAGUUUCUUAUUUUGCUGAUAACGUGCUCAAAAUGGCAAUGAUGCUCACUACCACCUCUCUAGGAAGGCUGAAUAUCAUGCAUAUUUUGCUAUCCUGGACAUGUACACAGGCUGGGGAAGUCAUUAAUGGAAUAUUGGAGGGCUCUUCAGUUAAGGUGUGAGCACUUAUACUUUAGAUUGGUUUGGCGCUGUGUGGUUGCAGAGUCAGAUUAGGAGAUAGCUACAUGUCAGGUAAGGAGGGGCUUGAGUCCUGUUUCUCUCCCAUAUCACAGGAGAGAAGUAAUGUCAGAUGUCAGAAGUGAUGUCAGAAAUGAUGGCUCAAGUAAUUGGGUUUCUGCCACUCACAUGGAAGACCUGGAUUGUAUUCGGGCUCCUUGCUUCAGCCCUGGCCCUGUCCAAACCAUUGUGAGCAUUUAGAGUGCAAACCAGUAAAUUGGAGCUUGCUCUCUCUCUCUGCAUGUUUCUCUGCCUUGCAAAUAAAUCAAUUCUAAAAAAUGUUUUCAAUUAUAACCUGCAGAUGUGAAUAUGGGUUCUGUAAACAGUCAUCUGAUAUGUUCAUUAUAGCUAAGGUCAAGGAUCUGAGUAAUAACUGUGGAAGAGAUCUCAAAGAUACUUACUCUUAAAUUCUUAAGAUGAGAGAUAAUGUUAAAGUCAAAUUCCGAAUUUUGUUGUCAUAUCUGGGAGGAAAAUUGUGAGUAAAUACAUCAAGGAAGAGGCUGUUCCUAUGAGGGACAAGAGUCUCAUUGAAAUGACAGCACUUGGUUCUGGAGCCCCCCCCCCCCCCGGCCCCAAAAUACAUGGCAUUUGCUUAACUCACAGGUAGCAGUGAAUGAAUACUGAUUAAUUUCAAUAGUCUUGUGCUGUGUGCCUCUUGGCCCACCUCCUUUGAAGGGUCUUUCAAAGAUUAAAGAAUCACUGUGUCUGUCCUAAAGGAAACCUGCAGUUUGACAGCAAGGUUUGGUAAGAUAUACCAUUGAAGAAAGGAACUCAAGACAAUAGCAAGAAUUGUACCGUUCUUAAACAUCUACAGUCAGAUCGUAUGUGAUGUUAGUAUCUGAGAGUUUUUGCUUAAGUAGUAUCUAAUAGUUUUCCUGAAUUAGUUUUACAGAAAAAUAUAUGUAUGUUUCUAUUUAGGAGAUGGAAGUUGUCGAGUACUUUGUCUUCUCUGGUCAGUCUUGUUGGACUGUAUCCCCAUGGGAAAUGUUAGUUAGCAACAACUCUAGGCAGAAGAGAUUUAAAGGCCAUAAUACGCUGGAGUGGCCUGGAGGGAGAUAGCAAAAGGAGAAUACAAGGACCCGACUGGCCUGAUGGUGAAGGUGUUCUUAAAGGUCAGGAAACCAAGAAGGCUCAAAAGAGGAGUAACUGCUCAAUCAGAGCUUCCGCAGAUUAUAUGAAGUUAUGUACUUAAAACAUACAGCAGUGCUUAGCGUAUUUUGGAAACUUCAUGAGUAGGAAGCUCUGAUUCAGGGGGUCUCAGAUAUCUUACUUUAAGGAGAUAAUUUGCCAGUGUAUAGUGCAGGUAGCCUUCACAUGCCUCCAUUCCCCACACUUGCCUAACUGCUGUUAGUUUGAGUCCGUAUAUGAAUUAGGGCCGCUGCUCUCGGUAUGCAUGGUGCUUCAUUCUCAUUCUCCUCUGAGCAUGUAUCACACUUUAUUGGAAUAUCCUCCUUCCUUGUCUGUAUUCCCUAGGAGCUGAAUCAGCACCACCAGAAAGUACUGGGCUCCUAGCGUAGGGGAUGAUGCCAGGCUCUGGAAGGACCCAGAACAAAGGCUAUGUGUUGGUAGGGGUUCAAGAUAUAUCUGAGAAAGCAUAACAUAACAAAGACUAUUAUGAUUUAGGUAAAGCCUUUACAUGAAAUUAUGUUUGAAUUUAAAAUAGUACCUAUCCAUUUAUAGAAAUAAUAGUGCAUGUUUGAGAAAUUGUUUAGGUUUACAGAUAAUGUCUGAAGUAGAUUCUGUCUCCCACAGGUUAAGAAUAAUCAAACACUAAUCUAAAAUUCUUUGUCUCUCCAACCUGACUGUUAACCCUCACUCAUUCCCCAACAAAUACCACUGCCGUCUAUUGCUUGGUUAUCUAAUAGUUACAUUUAGGCAGUAGCUGAUUUGCUCUAACUCUAAACACAAAAGAAUUUAUAAUCACCAUGGAAAGGACAAACACUCAGAAAAGCAGAGAUGGUUGGUGUAGAAGACUGCUCACCCCUCGUGUCCACCUGAACUUGCCGUAAGUUUGACCAGGCUCCCCUUUCCCAGGACUCACUGCAGCCAGUCUUUCUGUGCCAUCUGGUUUCUUCUUUCAUAUACCUAGAAGACCCCUUCACCCCGUUCCUACUCAAUUCAUCUCACUGUCCAGGCACAGAAUCUCAGGGGAGGGAGAGGUGGAGGAGAGGGAGAGAGAGGGAGUGAGAGAGAGAGAGGAGAGAGAGAGAGAAUUUGCUGUUUGGGUAAUGCUAAGAAUUUUAACUUUUUGGUUUGGACCUCCUUGUAAUACAAAUACUGUACUUCUAAUAUUAGGAAUUUAAAUUAAGAAAGACCAGUUUAAUCUUUGAUAUAUUGUAUUAUUUUAUAAUUAAAUUUUUUAUAAAUAUCCAUGAGGAUCUUGGAGCACAUUCAUUAUGCAUUUUUAAGACGUGAUAGCUAUAAGUUUCUAAAUUUCAUAUUUUCUAGGUAUGAAAUGUCAUCUAGAUGACUAAGGUUAAAAAAGCUGUCACAUUAGAAGGGUGGGUACUACUGCCUUUUGGCAAAAUGAUGUACCUGUCAGAACCAUGACCACCACUUUUGGAAAGAGUUACAGGGUUAAUAUAUGAUUUCUAAGAAGAUUCCUGGGGGCCCUAAUGAAAGGAAUUGUUCUGAAGAGUUCAACCUCGGUUUUCCAGCGAAAAAAGAAAGUCAGUAAGCCUGCAGGCAGCCUUUUUCCAAGAGGUUUGAGAUCCUGAAUUCUUUGCAGAACACUCAAGCAGUGCAGGGUUUUCCUGGACUGGUACAUUGGUAGGCACUUUAAGGUCUUCCUCCCCUCCUCCUCACUCCCCUCCCCUCCCUCCCCUCCCCUCCCUCUCCUCUCCUCUCCUCUCCUCUCCUCUAUAUUCUGUCUUCUCCUGUAUUCUCCCCUCCCCUUCUUCCCCCUUCUCUUUUAUUUCAUAAAGUUUAUUUUGAGAUAAAUGUAGAUGUAUAUACAGUUGUAAAAUAUAAUACAGACAUCCCUUGAACCCAUUACCCAGUUCCUCCCGGUUGUAAUAUCUGUCAAAACUACAGAACAGUAUCACAACCAAGAUAUUGACACAGACAGUCAAAACACAGAACAUUUUCAUCACAAGAAGGGUCCCCCUUGUUGCCCUUUUAAAACCACACCCAUGACCCCCUCUGCAGUCUUCCUUACAAUGGUAAAAGCAUUUGAGGGGGAUUAAUGUUCAUCUUUGCCAGGGUGUUUGCUACUCAGGAACCCAGUUCUGACAGGAGACUGGUCCAUCGGUUGUCCUGGCAUGCUGUUUCUGCUGUGCUUAUUUCCCUAGGGAGAUCCUUCUGUAUUUUUUCCCUGAGUACCAGCUGCCAUCGGAACUGGACUACAUAUCUGGGGAAGAACUUGCAGCAAGUUCGGAGCUGGAGCAAUGCCCAGAGCAGACAAACAGAAUCCUGCAAAUGUGUUUGGAC